AUGUCGCACUUUGUAUCCUCCGAGGCGGGAAAAACAGACAGACGCACAUCCGCACCAUCCGUACGAUCCCGACCGUCCAGUCCUCACACGCCGCGAUUCAACCCUUUCGGCGCAUCCAAAUCUAAACCUGCCCCCAAGUCUCCCUCCGCGCAUCCCGAUGGCUCCGCGCCCAAACUCCUCGGCUUUCGCCGAAGCUUCUUCUCCCCGCGGUCCGCCUCGCGCCGCGUCCACAACGUUCCUGAGAUGCUCGUGUCGGCUUCCAUGGCUUACGCCACGGCACAAGUCCAGGCGGAUAUCCUGGCGGGAAUCCCGGCGGAAAAAGAGCGGAGGAUCGACGGGAGAUUGGUAAACCGAGAGCGCGGGGAACUCGAAUUCGCCGCAUACUCCCCCGCUUCGAGCCUCUCGUCGUCUGCGCGGCCCUCGCAGUUUCCGCGCAGCGCCAUUCCAUCUCUUGACCUCGGCCCGCUGCCGUCGAACGCGGAUGCGCGCAAUCCGCCGGCCAAGGUCGCGCGCGGCAGAGCGGGAGCUUCGGCGGAGAAGCCAAAGCUGACUGGGCGGGCAGGCGCGGGGAAAGGGACUGUGCGGGAAGGGACGGCCGGGGGUGAAGCAGGUGUGAAACCGACAGAGUUGAAGGAAGAAAGUUUCCUCAGAGAAGGCGAAUCUUUCCCGAAAACUCUUCGUACAGGUGGUUACUUUGAUUGCGAAGAUGAAGUGGAUAUGCUUCGACACAAGCUAGAACCAUCUACCGAGGAGGAGAUUAACGCUGAAGCGGUUCAUCGUAAGGAAAUAGAGGAUCAAAGGCUUAAACUGGUUUUGGCGGACGAGGAGUCGGAUGCGGAAGGACCGGUGAGCGCGCGGAAGGAUGGGGAGCUGGCGGCGGGGGAAGAAACGGCAGAGGUAACAAUUGCGGAACGAGACGCGGAGACCGACACGGAGACAAAGGAGACGCGGCUCCGUCGAUUUCUCGAUGACUCUGUUGACUGCGUUGACUGUGCUGAACCUGCUGAUUGUGUUGACAGCUCCCGAAUUGGAAGUUCAAACGGGCCGGAAGCCGUUUCCGCUGCUGAUGCUCCAACCAAGCGGACGCGGAAGAAUGCGCGGAAAUCUCGGGGGAAGAAGGGGGUCAAGAAGUCCGCGGGAAAGAAACAGAGCCACGGCGUUGCGGAAAAAGAACGGCGAGCGCAGAAUCCCGACGCAGCGACGGCGGCAGUCGAGGCGCAUGCUGACGUGGCUUCCGAACCCGCAGCGACGAGGGGAACAAACGGCUUGCUGGCGUCCCCGCUCGCGUCCGCUGCGGAGUCCGCACCGGCGGAACGAAUCUGCGCGGAUGCGGAAAACAGCGCGGAGGGGGAGCGUGAUCAAGAAUUGGCGACUGGAGAAGCAACGGGCAGACACGACGCGGAGCUGGCGCGGUCGGGAGUGGCGGAAGGCAGCGCGAUUGCGGAUAACAGCGCAGUGGCGGAAGGCAGCGCGAUUGCGGAAAACAGCGCAGUGGCGGAAAGCACCGCGCGGACGGAAAACGUGGCGCAAUGCCUGUACGCCAAAGGCGCGAUUACGGCGGACGAGGCGGAAUCUAAAGCGGUGGCAACAAACGAACGUUGUCGCCUUAUCGAUGUGACUACUAGUGAAUCAUGCGGUGAUGACGUGGAGGAGGAGCUCCGCGCUUGUCUGGCAAGAAUGGCGGCGGACGAGGAGGAGGACAUUCGGCGGGAGCUAGAAGAUGCGUUGAUGCCCGGAUCGAGCGACGGGGAAGCGGGAGAGGCGGAAGCUGAGGAAAUCCGGGGAGAAGGAGAACGAGGAGAAGACGGAGGAGCAGGAGGAGGAAUAGGAGAGGAAAGAAUGGGGGAAGUAGUAAGAGAAGCAGCAGGAGAGUUUAUUGUAGAGGAUUGCGAAGAGAAAGGGGAAGGAGAGGCGUGGGAAACGGGGGAGCGUGAGCGGGGUUCGACUGUGGACGUUGGCGGAGAAACGGAAGCAAAGGCGCUGCCGCAGCAGGAGGAGAAAAUCGAGUCUGAGUCCACUUCUGGUGAAGAGGAGGCGGGAGCAGCGGAGAAUAAGCAGGAAAACGGCGAAAAUCAUUUUCUGGAAGGGAAGGACCCGGAGUGUGUCUUCGAUGCGCCUCGAGAGCGAUUUCGUUCUCCGGAGCGGGCUCAUCUUGCCGAGGCGGAGGAGGACGCGGAGUGGAUUGCGCUUCUCGAAGAAAGCCUAGCGGAACGCGCGCGGGAGCGGCAGCGGGAGGCGGCGGAACGAGAAGUGGCGGAACGAGAGGCGGCGGAACGAGACGCCGGGCAGGUUGCGGGCGGUGGCGGUGUGAAUCCCUUUGCGCUAGCGCCAGAGGAGAGCGAGGCGGAGAGCGAGGCGAAGGCGGAGGUGGAGUCGGAGGGGGAGUCGGAGGGGGAGGCGGAGGGGGAGGCGGAAGGGGAGGCGGAGAGCAACGAGGAGAGUAAGGCGGCGAGCGAGGCGGCGAGCGAGGCAGCGAGGGAGGCGGAGAGGGAGGCGGAGAGUGAGGCGGAGAGUGCGGCGGAAGAAAUCGAGAUGAUCAGCCCGAGAGGAAGCGCGCCGAGCGGCGAAAUUGCGCUCGUCGCUUCGCCGUGUGAGGGGAUGACGGCUGGUGAAGCGGAGAGUGUGGACGAAAGUGACGUGGUGGAGGACGAAACCAACGUGGAUGAGGAGCAGAGUGACACAGAGGAGGAUGAGAGUGACGUGGAGGAGGAGCAAAGUGACGUGGAGCAGAGUGAUGCAGAGGAAGACGAGAGUGACGUGGAGGAGCAUGAGAGUGACGUGGAGGAGGAGGAAAGUGACGUGGAGAAGGAGCAAAGUGACGUGGAGGAGGAGCAAAGUGACGUGGAGGAGCAGCAAAGUGACGUGGAGGAGGAGCAAAGUGACGUGGAGGAGGAGCAAAGGGACGUGGAGGAGGAGCAAAGUGACGUGGAAGAGAUUGAGAUGAUCAGCAAUCCGCGGAGUAUGGGGGAAGCGAGAGGCGGAGUGAGAAGGCGGGAGGGGAGUUUGCCGGUGAAACCAUUGGAGGCGAUGGGGUUGAUGAUGCUGAUGAGACUGAUGAGCGCCCUCUCCACCCUCUCCACCCACUCUGCCCUCCCCCCGCCCAGCCCCUCCACGUCCUUCCCCUCCCCCGCGCUCAGCGCGCACCACCUGCUCUCCGUCUUCCCCCCGCCCUCCCCUGACGCGGCCCUGCGCUUCCUCUGCUCCCCCUCCUUCCCCCCGCCCUCCCCCGGGUGGCCCCUGCGGAAAAUCCGCGUGGUGGGGGGAAACAGGCGCCCUGUGUACUCCCCCGUGCAUAGGCUCAGCAGGGGGGGCGGGAGGGGAGCAGGGGGAGGGGGGGAUGCGGGCGGGAAUAGUGCGGCCAGCUGUAAUCCUUCUUGCCUACUGGAGGACCAUCCGCAACAGCACACGACCAGCCUUCAUCUUCCGGAAGGCAAUCAAAUCCACACCGGAAUGAAUGUGGUUGGGACCGCGGGAGAGACCUGCGAGCUUCCACCAAGAAGUGCCUCCCGCGACUCGACGCCAUACGGCGGCGUGCAGCAGGCCGACGCUUCACCCCCCACGAACGAGCAGAUGCGGGAGGAGGUCGCUGGCCUUCAACUCGCUGCUGCUGCCAGGCCUCGCUACUCCAUCGCUGCGAGGUUCCUCAAACGGGCGAUCGAGGAUCCCAAUACCAACUACACCCUAAUCCAGAACACAACCAUAUUACUUCCAUCCAACCAGGCAUUAAUCGACACCCUGCUGCGAGUUUGGGACAAUGGAACAGAGUGGGUGCGUACACUCUCUUACAACAUUAUCAAUGGCUUGUACACGCUCCUUCAGCUGCGCCAGCUGCCACCGCCGGAUGCGCAAGUCCAUGAGUUGGCCGUUGCGGCAGUAAGCACUAGCGAACUGGAGUUUGAGGGGCCUCAAGAAGCGGAGGGAGCGUUAGCGAUGGCUUCGCGAGUCUAUGAGUUGACCGUUACAGCAGCAGGUGCCACUGAAGGUAAUGCUGCAAUGAUUAGCGAUUCCGCAGCAUGCGCUAGCGAAUUGGGGUUUGAGGGACCUCAAGUCGAUGAGUUGACCGUUACAACAGCAGGUGCUAGUGAAGAUAUCGCGGCUAUUGCGGCCAUUAGCAGUUCUCCAACAAACACUGCUAAUGGCCGCAAAUCAGAGUCCGAGGGGCCUCGGGAGGCGGAGAGAGGGUUAUCGAUGGCUUCGCGAGUUGAUGAGUUGACCGUUACAGCAGCAGGUGCCACUGAAGGUAAUGCUGCGGAUGUUGGCAAUUCGACAGCGAACACGAGCAAAUCGGGGUUUGAGAGGCCUCAAGUCGAUGAGUUGACCGUUACAGCAGCAGGUGCGAGUGAAUACGAUCCUACGUCUGUCGAUGAAUCGGCAGCAGGUGCCACUAAAGGUAAUGCUGCGGAUGCUUGCAUUUCCGCAGCAAACACAAUCAAACUGGGGUUUGAAGGGCCUCAAGUCGACGUGCUGACCAUUACAGCAGCAGGUGUGAGUGAGGAUAACUCCGCCGCUGUCGAUGAUUUGACGAUUGCCACAGCAGGUGGCACGGACGGUAAUGCUGCCGCUAGCGAGCCAGCAGCUGAUGAUGACGCUGCCACACCUGUACAAGACGGUGCCUCAGUGGUACAAGACGGUGCCUCAGUGUUACGAGUCGGUGCCUCAGUGUUACAAGUCGGUGCGACAACGUUACACUCAUUGCCUCACUGCGGUACAGUGUUACAUGUCCACCAGCGCUCAUCCGAGGGGGACAAACUUCGGACCGAGCCGCCGCAAACGGAACCGGAGCCGUCAGUGCAGGCAGUAGCGCACUCACCUAAGCCAGCCCCCGCCGAACCAGCCCUCGCCGAACCAGCCCUCGCCGUACCAGCCCUUGUCGAACCUGUCCAGGAGGUACGGGUGCAGCGAGAGGGUGUGAACGGGGAGCAAGAGCUGCCUGCCGGCGCGGCAGAGGACAGUGUGCGGCUGGUCGGAGGGGAAGCGGGAGCGGAAGGGGACAGUGUGCGGCUGGUCGGAGGGGAAGCGGGAGCGGAAGGGGACAGUAUGCGGCUGAGCGGAGACGAAGCGGGAGCAGAAAGGGAGUGUGUGGGGAUGAGCGAAGGAGAAGCGGGAGCAGAAGGGGAGUGUGUGGGACUGAGCGGGGGGGAAGCGGGAGCGGAAGGGGAUUAUACUGGUCUGAGCGGAAAGAAAGCGGGAGCGGAAGAAGAAUGCGCAGGGCUGAGCGAAGAGGAAGCAGUAGCGGAAGGGGAGUGUGCUGGGCUGAGCGGAGGGGAAGCGGUAGCAGAAGGGGAGUGUGUAGGGCUGAGCGCAGGGGAAGCAGGAGCACCAGCAGCAGGAGCACACGUAGUAGAGCCACCGCCGCAGGCGAAGGAAGCGGCAUUCGACGGGACGGUCCCCUUCCCCGCUCCCCCCAUCUCGUCUCUCCGCUCCUCUUCCCCCGCCCGUACCCUUCUCCCGCUGCCCCCCACUCGCACACUCUCCAGCCAGGGCUCACGCGCAAAGCCUUCCGCGUCCGCCACGGGCACAAGCGCAAAACCCGCCGCUCCGCCACUACUUCGUGGAGCCAGUGUGCGCCCGGUCAAACCCCGCCGACCCACCUCCGCGUUUCCCAACUCCCCUUCCCUUCCGCCGAUCAUCCUUGCGCCUUCCCCGGCUGCGGCCUUAGCGCGGCAGUUCAGCGCGCUCCGCCCCUCUCCGGUUCCGCAUCCCUCCGCAAUCGACGGCGGAGAGAUUGGCGGACCGGGAAGUAGCUGCACGGAUACUAAUACUAAUACUAGUGGCAGCAGCGGAUUAAACGACAUAUACCGCGGCAGCAGCGGCAGCGGCUGCGGCGGCAGCAGCCGCAAUGGCAGCGGCAGCGGCAGCGGCAGCGGAUGCAACGGCAGCAACGCAGAAGGAGAGUCGCGCAGCGAAGGGGAGUCUUCUCCCUCGCCCCGCUCUCCCUGUCGCAGUAACAGCCACGACGUUCGCGAACCUGCGACGGAGCGUUCGUUAGGCUGUAGAUCGCAAUCUGGUCGCACGCGACGUCGCACGCUGUCGCAGCUUAUAGAGGAGCUGGACAAAAUGCGACUCAGAGACGCGCAGAUGGAGGCGGAAGCGGGGGAGGCGGAAACAGGGGAGGCGAAAGCGGGUGAGGAAGUCGUGGGGGAAUGCAGCGGGAAUAAGAAGCGCGCACGAGGAGUGGCGGAACCAGGCGGAGAUGGGGGGCAGGAGGCGCGGCGGGGGCUGGGGAAACACCCAAGCAUGGGAGGGGCCUUGAGAGUAGAAGCAGGAAGAACCCUCUCAUUUCAGGGGUCAAAGCCUUGGCAAAGUUUGAAGUCACCCACGUUUAGGAGUGUAGGACGUGGUGAGGGGGAAAGGGUAAAUGCGCGGUUUCCCCUGCUGGUUCUGUCUAAGAGCAUCAGCAGCGUUUGGCGACGGAAGGGAGGGAGACAGGGGCAUAAAGAAGAGGAGCAGCAGGAGAAGCGUACAGGCGAACUCGAGGGGGAGAAAGGGGAGCGACAGGAGGAGGGGAAGGGGGAGCGACAAGAGAAGAUGGAGAUGGACGAAGAGGGAAGAGGCGGGGUUGCUUGUAAAGAGGACGGAUUCUCUUCUGGCAGUCAAUACUGGCCUUACCGCGAGGCUGUAUGCAGUCACACUACUUACAGUCACACUGCUUACAGUCACAACCUGGUGUUUCCCGAAACUGGCCCUUUCCAAGCUGAGACGUUCCACGUCUCAAGCCUGAAAAACCAAGAGCUCCCUCUCACUUACCUGCUGUCCUCGUUGCAAGCUGCAUCAGUAUCCGCCACAGCAGUCACAGCGGGCAAUGUUGAGCUAUACCCAGGUUCAGCCCACCACAGGGCUUUAGGUGAAGCAAUAGGUGUGGCGUCCACCAGUCAACACGCAGUGGCUGCACAAGCUCGCCGGGCAAUACUGAGUCAGCUUAUAGGGGAGCUGGAGGCGAUCCAGCCAGGCACGACAGGGAAGGAGGGGCAGCCGCAAGAGGAGGGGGCAGCAGGCAAGGCGGAGGGUGGAUUCAACAGGGAAAAUGAGGAGAGCAGCAAGUGCGUGGGUGUGACCUCACAGGAUGGUGAGAGCUCUGAUGAUGAUGAUGAUGAUAAGGACUUGGAGAAAUUAUUCACCUUUUCUGGGCCGGUUGGGGUGGACAAACAGAGGGUGUAUGGGAGGGUGGGAGGGGACUGCAAGGAGGUGGAGGUGGGUGCAGAGGUGGUGGGUGUGUGUAAGCAGAGGGUGAAGGGUGCGGGUGGGAGGGCUGGGGACACGUGGCAGGCUUGGAGUGGUCAGUUGCUUGGGGGAGGAAGGAGGCUGUUUGGAAGGGUGCCAUCUGUGGUGCAGCGGGCACGAGGGGGAGAAGGAGGAGGUGGGGGUGGCAAGGCUUCGUCUCAUGUGUGGCCUGAUGUGUAUGGCUGUGCCGGGCUGAGUGUUGGCGUGGGAGAAGUGAAGGAUUGUGAGAGGUAG